CCUCAGCAAAUCCAGUUUGCUGAAGACUGGGCGCAGGUCCUUGUCUCGCUCCAUCUCUCAGUCUUCCACUGACAGCUACAGCUCUGCUGCAUCCUACACAGACAGUUCUGAUGAUGAGGUCUCCCCACGAGAGAAACAGCAAACCAACUCCAAGGGCAGCAGCAACUUCUGUGUGAAGAACAUCAAGCAGGCAGAGUUCGGGCGCCGGGAGAUUGAGAUUGCUGAGCAAGACAUGUCUGCUCUGAUUUCACUCAGGAAACGGGCCCAGGGAGAGAAACCUUUGGCAGGAGCUAAAAUAGUGGGCUGUACACAUAUUACAGCACAGACUGCAGUGUUAAUUGAGACUCUGUGUGCGCUGGGGGCUCAGUGCCGCUGGUCUGCUUGCAACAUCUAUUCCACGCAGAACGAGGUGGCUGCUGCCUUGGCGGAGGCUGGUGUUGCUGUGUUUGCCUGGAAGGGGGAGUCAGAGGAUGAUUUCUGGUGGUGUAUUGACCGUUGUGUUAACAUGGAUGGUUGGCAGGCCAACAUGAUCCUGGAUGAUGGGGGAGACCUGACUCACUGGGUUUAUAAGAAAUAUCCCAACGUGUUUAAGAAGAUCCGCGGCAUUGUGGAGGAGAGUGUGACUGGUGUGCACAGACUGUACCAGUUGUCCAAGGCUGGGAAACUGUGCGUCCCGGCCAUGAAUGUCAAUGACUCUGUGACCAAACAGAAAUUCGAUAACCUAUACUGUUGCAGGGAGUCCAUCUUGGACGGCCUAAAGAGGACCACAGAUGUGAUGUUUGGAGGGAAGCAAGUGGUGGUGUGUGGCUAUGGGGAGGUUGGAAAGGGGUGCUGUGCAGCUCUGAAAGCCCUCGGAGCCAUAGUCAACAUCACCGAGAUUGACCCCAUCUGUGCUCUCCAAGCCUGCAUGGACGGCUUCCGAGUGGUGAAACUCAAUGAAGUGGUCCGCCAGGUGGAUGUGGUCAUAACUUGCACAGGAAACAAGAACGUGGUGACCAGGGAGCACUUGGACCGAAUGAAGAACAGCUGCAUUGUGUGUAACAUGGGCCAUUCCAACACGGAAAUCGAUGUGACCAGUCUCCGCACCCCAGAGCUGACCUGGGAGCGCGUCCGCUCACAGGUGGACCAUGUUAUCUGGCCAGAUGGCAAGCGGGUGGUCCUGCUGGCUGAGGGUCGUCUUCUCAAUCUGAGCUGCUCAACAGUUCCCACCUUUGUUCUGUCCAUCACAGCCACCACUCAGGCUCUAGCCCUGAUUGAGCUCUACAAUGCUCCCGAGGGACGUUACAAGCAAGAUGUGUACCUGCUGCCUAAAAAGAUGGAUGAAUAUGUUGCCAGCUUGCACCUGCCUUCCUUUGAUGCCCAUCUGACAGAGCUAACAGAUGAUCAAGCAAAAUACCUGGGACUCAACAAGAACGGGCCUUUCAAACCCAACUAUUACAGAUACUGAUGGACCACAGCCAUGAAGGACGGGACCACACAAGACAACUUUAGAGAAAUUAUUUUUAAAGAUCAUUUUAUUUUGUUUUACUCUUUUCUUUUGGAAAAGAAACAGUUUUUGUUUUUCUUUUAGCAGUCUGAUUUUAAUGUCGCUUCUUUGUCUUACACUUUCAAGUGAUCGCGUCUCUCUGUAGGUCUGAUCUUGGCAGACACGGUGGGAUUUGCUUCCUGCUUGAUGGCUGACGCCUGCCUGUGUGGUGUCAGGCUUUCAGUAAUGGGAGGAGUUUCCUUUCCUGAGUUGGAAGGGCAAUUCAUUCCCACAAUGGUUUUUACCUUUCCAGUGCACCUUAGUUUUAGUUGGGAUCGCUGCAAACACUGAGAGAGGUACUCUGUGUGUUGUUUUUCCCCCCUUCCCCCCCCCCC